UGUAGGUGCAGCUGGCCUGACAGUGACUCUGCAUUUGAGGGCUCGCUCUAACUGCGAUCAAGUGAGCCUUUAAAGGAGGAUGAAGCUGCUGCAGCUGCUGCUCCUCAGCAGCGUUUCCCGCCAUGCCCUUACUGUGGUAGUGGAAGUAUAUGAAGGGGAAAGAUCUGUCCUGCUGCCCUGUCAGUUCACAGGUUUUAUACCUGUGGACCCCACAGUGAUGUGGACUCACAGAGAUCUUCAUCCCAAAUCUGUCCACCUAAGACGAGAAGGAGGAGACGAUCUCAGAGGACAAAACCAGCAUUACACCAGGCGCACAUCAAUGAGGCCUGAUGCUCUGGACACUGGAGACUACAGCCUCACUCUGAAAAGCCUCCAACUGACUGACAGUGGCAGCUACACCUGCUCCAUCAGUGAUGGGAGAGAAGAACUGAGACUUAAAGAUUUACAGCUGAAGGUCAAAGACCAGCAGGUGGAGGUGAAGGUGGAGGAAGGCUUAGAGUUUGUCAUUCUGCCCUGCAAAACAAAACCUGACCUGCCUGAGGACACCAGUGUGGAGUGGACUCACUCUGACCGAGAACUCACAGUGACCCAAGUGCAUUCAAACAACAGUGAUCACCUGAAACAGCUGGACAACCUUUACUGCGGCCGCGGAAAGAUGAACAAAGACCUGCUGAGAACUGGAGACCUCAGUCUGACCCUGAAAUACCCCACAGAGAGAGACAGUGGAGGAUACAUCUGCACCAUCUACAGGGACAAAGACAUCCUGAGACAGAAAGUCGUGCUGCAGGUCAAAGAACCAUUUCUAAUCUGGAACAUUGUUCUUGUGGUUCUCCUGGUUGUCCUGGUUCUACUUGUAGUUUGUGGAGGUCUUUUAUUUUAUUUCCGGCAGUAUUUCAUGUCAGUUUACCAGGUGGAGGUGAAAUCAGGGGUGGAGUCUGUCCAGCUGCCCUGCAAAACCACAAUUCGCCUGCCUGAAAAUGCUAAAGUGGAGUGGAAGGAUGGUUCUAUCUAUGACAGGAAGGUCCAUGUGUAUCAGAACGGCUCUGACAAGCCUGAAGAACAGCAUGAGGAUUACAGAGGGCGAACAGAGAUGAAGAGAAGCCUGCUGAAACCUGGAGACCUCAGUCUGACCCUGAAAUACCCCACAGACGAAGACACAAACACCUACACCUGCACUGUUUACAGCAAGGAGGGAAACAUCCUGAUGAAGAAAGACGUGGUGCUCAUUUUCAGAGAUUACGCUGAGGUGAAGCCAGUGCACUCUGAGGUUGAAUAUGUCGAGCUGCCCUGCAAAACCACACUUAACCUGCUUGAAGUUGCUAAAGUAGAGUGGAAGGAACGAGGCAACAGGAAAGUCCACGUGUAUGAGAACGGCUCUGACCAGCCUGAAGAACAGCACCAGGAUUACAGAGACCGAACACAGAUGAAUGAAGACCUGCUGAGAACUGGAGACCUCAGUCUGACCCUGAAAUACCCCACAGAGGAAGACAACUCCAUCUACACCUGCACCGUCUACAGCAUGGAGGGAAACAUCCUCCUGAAGAAGCAAGUGAAGCUGAAAGUCAUAGUCUGUCAGGUGGAGGUGGAGGAGGGAGCGGAGUCUGUCCAGCUGCCCUUCAAAACAUCACGGAACCUGCCUGAAGAUUCUGAAGUGGAGUGGGUACACUAUAACCCAAAGAAGACGAUCCAUGUAUAUAAGAACGGCUCUGACCAGCCUGAAGAACAGGACCAGGAUUACAGAAACCGAACGAAGCUGAAUGAAGACCUGCUGAAAACUGGAGACCUCAGUCUGACCCUGAAAUACCCCACAGAGAGAGACAGUGGAGAACACAAAUGUGUAGUGUAUGGGAAGAUCUGGAGAGAGAAAACCGUGCUGCUCAAAGUCAAAGGUUCAAGGUCAAACAACGGACAAUAGGAACAGAAACAGCUGCAUUGAUCCGACUCCUCGGUCAUUUUAGGCCUGACAUCAUGUGCAAAACCUUUAUACAGUGGUCCCUUGCUAUAACGGGGUUAACUUUUCGCAGCCUCACUGUUUCGCUGAUUUUUUGGGGGUGCAAUUUUGCAUGUUUUUUUUUUUCUUUGUUUUGUACAGCGCAUUGUGUUCUGCGUCCUGAUUGGCUACAGACCAUUGUCAAUCAAUGUCUUGCUGCAUGCUCAAUCAAUCGUGUGCCGUGUCUCCGGUCCAGUACAAAAUGCUUCUCAAAUAUACAACAAACACAGCAAUGUCGACAUCAAAGGCACCUGCUGUAGCACCCAAAAGGCAGAGGAAGAUGCUAACCAUUGCACAAAAAGUCGGACUUCAGGGCUGGACCAAUUACAGCUGAGGAGGUCGAACUUUAAAGUUCCAUAUUGAGGUAAAAAGGAACAUGAUUUGUCCCGUACUUAGCUAGAAUGGAAAAAAGACACAAAGCUGGAGUUAUUCUGUGUCUUUACGCUGCACAGCUGCCUCUUCUUCUCUCUUCUCUCCCCUCACUCUCCUGUUGCUACUUCAAUCAUGAAACUGAUCAAUGAUCAGCUGAUCGGCUUUUCUCUCUUGUUUGUUUAUCGCCCACUUUGCGCCAGAAAGAGGAAACCAGCGGAUAAACUACAGCACGUUUAAGCUUGAUAAACUGUUGUUAGAAUUUACUUAAUAUUAAUUUCUAGUAUCAGCUGAUGUUUGCUGGAGCCACAGCUGUAAAGCUGCUGGUCAUGAUGGUUUGUGUUACGUUCCCCCAGAGGGGUCUAGGCAGUGAGGGGAAGUAACAAAAAGUGUCCGGGUCAAAAAAAGGAAUCAAGGAGGCAAACUGGUUAAAUUAAAUAGCUUUAUUAAAGUUGGUAUUAAAACUAACUAAAAGAGACGGACAAGCCGCUAUCACCAUUUAAAGGAACAAACAAAACUCAGGCGUUGGUCAAUAAAAUAAAAGUCAAAAAGAAAGAGAGCAGCUCACUAGCUGCAAACACUGCAAACACGGCAAAGACACACUCAGCUCACUAGCUGCAAACAGACACGCAGCUCACUAGCUGUAACCCACAAAGCACAGCUCACUAGCUGCAACCCACAACAGCACAGCUCACAAGCUGUAACCACACAAAGCACAGCUCACAAGCUGUAACCACACAAAGCACAGCUCACUA